AACUUUCUUCUUACAAAAUUUGCCCAAUCACUCUCAUACACUCUCUCACUCUCUUUGUCUAUCACAUCCAAAGUUUUCUUAGAAACCAAUCAAACCCUCUUCUUCUUCUGCCUUUUUUUUUUUUUUUUUUUGUUUUACUACUGUACCAUAUACUUCACAGUACCUUCUAUAUACUUUACAGUACCUUAUUUAUUUAUUUAUUUUUAUUUUUAUUUUUAUUUUUUGUUUUCCCUCUUUACUUUACCAAUAUAGAUUGCCAUGGCUUCUACUAUUUCUUGUUCAAGCUCUUCUUCUUCGCCAUUUCUCGAAUUAGGUAACGGUAAAAAACGAAGACCCAAUAUAAAUUGCUCUUUACAAACCCCAUCUGUAAUUCGGAUCCCGAAACAGAGUCCGAGCACUUAUCAGCCAUCAAACACCACCACCAUUAAAGAGAAAUCAACGCCCAACUCUGUUUCUGAUAAACCAGUGCCGUUUCAGCAAUGGAAUUUCCUUCAAAAAGCAGCAGCUAUGGCUCUACAAGCGGUCGAAAGCGCUCUGGUUGAGCACGAGCGCAAACACCCACUUCCCAAAACAGCCGACCCAAGUGUCCAAAUCGCCGGCAAUUUCGCUCCGGUACAGGAACAACCUGUCCAACACUCAUUACCGGUGACCGGAAAGAUUCCGAAAUGCAUUGAAGGUGUUUACGUUAGGAACGGAGCGAAUCCCCAUUACGAACCCGUGGCCGGUCACCAUUUCUUCGACGGAGACGGCAUGGUUCACGCCGUUCAGUUCAAGAACGGAACGGCAAGCUAUUCAUGCAGGUUCACAGAGACCCAUAGACUUGUUCAGGAGAGAGCUUUUGGCCGUCCUGUUUUUCCUAAAGCAAUCGGCGAGCUCCAUGGCCAUUCCGGCAUAGCUAGAUUGCUUCUCUUCUAUGCUCGUGGAAUUUUCGGACUUGUCGAUUCUAACCACGGCAUGGGAGUGGCUAACGCCGGACUCGUCUACUUCAACGGCCGAUUACUCGCCAUGUCGGAAGACGAUUUGCCUUACCAUGUAAGAAUCACUCCCUCCGGCGACCUCAAGACCGUCGGAAGGUACGACUUCAACGGCCAGUUGAAAUCUACCAUGAUCGCCCAUCCGAAACUCGACCCUGAAACCGGCGAGCUCUUUGCUCUUAGCUACGACGUCGUUCAGAGGCCGUACCUGAAAUACUUCCAUUUCUCUCCCAGUGGCAAGAAAUCCACUGAUGUUGAAAUCCCUCUUUCGCAGCCCACCAUGAUGCAUGAUUUCGCAAUAACCGAGAAUUUCGUGGUGAUUCCGGACCAGCAGGUGGUCUUCAAGUUGCCGGAGAUGAUCCGCGGCGGCUCUCCGGUCAUCUACGACAGAGAGAAGAUGGCGAGGUUCGGGAUUUUGGAUAAGAAUGCAACUGAUGCUUCCGGGAUUAAGUGGAUUGAAGCUCCCGAUUGCUUCUGCUUCCAUCUAUGGAACGCUUGGGAAGAGCCGGAGAAUGAUGAGGUGGUUGUUAUUGGGUCUUGCAUGACUCCUCCAGAUUCCAUUUUCAACGAAUGCGAAGAGAACUUGAAGAGCGUCCUUUCAGAAAUCAGGCUCAAUCUCAAAACAGGGAAAUCCACGCGCCGCCCCAUCAUCUCGGAGCAAGAACAGGUGAAUUUAGAAGCUGGUAUGGUGAACCGGAACCGUCUCGGGAGGAAAACCCGGUUCGCUUACCUUGCUCUAGCUGAGCCAUGGCCUAAAGUUUCAGGAUUUGCUAAAGUUGAUCUUUUCACCGGUGAAGUGAACAAGUUCAUGUAUGGCGAACAGAGGUUUGGUGGUGAACCCCUGUUUCUGCCUAAAGACCCCAACUCGGAAAAUGAAGAUGAUGGGUAUAUAUUGGCUUUUGUUCACGAUGAGAAGGAAUGGAAAUCGGAGCUUCAAAUCGUAAAUGCCAUGACUAUGAAGUUGGAAGCCACUAUCAAACUCCCUUCCAGAGUUCCAUAUGGUUUUCAUGGCACAUUUAUAAGCUCCAAGGAUCUGGAAAAACAGGCUUAGUUGGUUAUAUAUUUUAGUCAGGUUGAUCGCCAUGGUCCUCUUCAUCGGUUUCUUCUUUUUUCGUUAUGUUUGUAUGUAAAUUGUUAGUAGAUUGAAGGAGAUUUACCAGAGGGAUUGGCUUUUCUAAUGCGUCCCCGGAAUCUUCUUUGUUCAAAGUUUUACGGUUUACUGUCCAGUUGGUGGAUUUUACUUUUGUUUUUUUGGGUUAUAUAUUGGAAAAGAGUGAGAGGUUUUAAGGGACCAGCUUGUAGCUUUUUUUGGGUAUAGAUAAUUGAAGCUCAGCUGGUUUCUGCUUAUUCUUUCACUUUUGUUUGUGGAUUAUAAAGAUAGCACAUAAUUAUAUACCAUAACAAAGAAAGAGUGUGUAUUUUCUAUGUUCA